AUGGCAACAAUUACCGGCGAGAACCCAAACAUGUCCAUUUUACAAAGAUUGACCACAAGCGAUUUGCCACUGGUGAAAGAAUAUGGUCUGCCUGGAGUUAUUGGUGCACUUUUACUGGCUAUAGUUAUCCCUAUCUUUCUUUCUUCCAUGUUUAGCAAAAAGGUGAAAAAGAGAGCAGUGCAAGUUGAUGUUGGUGGUGAAGCAGGCCUUGCCAUGCGAAACAGUAGAUUUUCCUCUUUAAUUCAAGUUCCAUGGGAGGGUGCCACCACAAUGGCAGCUCUGUUUGAGAUGGCUAGCAAAAAGUACACUCAGCACCGGUGUCUUGGCACAAGAAAACUGAUUAGUAGUGAAUUCAUAGAAGCUGCUGAUGGAAGGAAGUUUGAGAAACUGCACCUUGGUGAAUAUCAGUGGGAUUCCUAUGCAGAGGCAUUUAAACGUGCAUGUAACUUUGCUUCUGGUCUCAUCAAGAUGGGGCACCAGCUAGAUAGUCGUGCUGCUAUCUUUUCUGAUACUAGAGCCGAGUGGAUCAUUGCUGCUCAGGGAUGCUUUCGACAAAAUUUAACUGUUGUAACAAUUUAUGCAUCUCUCGGCGAGGAUGCACUGGUGCAUUCACUGAACGAGACACAGGUUUCCACUCUGAUUUGUGACUCAAAACAACUUAAGAAGCUGCCUGCAGUCAGCUCAAAGUUGCAAAGUCUUAAGCAUGUUAUCUACAUUGAGGAUGAACCUGUUGAGGCUGACACACUUAAUCAACUGAAACACUUGACAACAUUAUCUUUUAAUGCGGUUGAGGAGUUGGGCAAAACAUCACAUGCAGAUGCGAGACUACCAUCAAGCACUGAUACUGCAGUUAUUAUGUAUACAAGUGGAAGUACUGGUCUCCCCAAGGUACACUUCUGCUUGAAGAUAUUUUUCUUUCUUGUGUAUUCGUUUUUCAUUAGCAUGAAAAUAAAAGCCUGUUAUGAUUUCUGGAUGCAUGAGUCCACUACUGAAUACUCCAUGUCGCAACUGGUGGAGGGUGUGAUGAUCACGCAUGGCAACAUGGUGGCCACAAUUGCAGCAGUGAGGACAACCAUUCCAAACCUUGGCACAAGUGAUGUUUAUCUGGCAUACCUUCCGCUGGCUCAUGUUUUUGAACUAGCGGCAGAGUCUGUCAUGUUAGCUUCUGGUGUUGCUAUUGGAUAUGGCUCAGCCUUGACAAUGACCGAUGCAUCAAAUAAGAUAAAGAAGGGGACAAAAGGAGAUGUUUCUGUACUGAAACCUACUCUAAUGAUUUCAGUUCCUGCAAUUCUGGAUCGCAUAAGAGAUGCAGUGUUUAAGAAGGUUGCUGAGAAGGGUGGCAUAACCAAAAAGCUAUUUGAUGUUGCAUAUAAACGAAAUCUUGGAGCAAUCGAAGGGAGUUGGACUGGAUCUUGGGCGCCAGAGAGGUUUAUAUGGAAUAGCAUUAUCUUCAAACCAAUACGUGCGAUGCUUGGAGGGCAUAUAAGAUUUAUUCUUUGUGGUGGCGCACCUCUAUCAAGUGAAACACAAAGAUUCAUAAAUAUAUGUCUGGGUGUCCCAGUUGGUCAAGGCUAUGGAUUGACCGAGACUUGCGCUGGAGCAGCUUUCUCUGAAUCGGAUGACACAAGUGUGGGUCGUGUUGGUCCACCCCUCCCUUGUUGCUAUGUCAAGCUUAUUUCAUGGGAAGAAGGUGGUUAUAGAAUUUCUGAUUCUCCAAGGCCCCGUGGAGAGGUUGUCAUUGGUGGCCACAGUAUAACAAAAGGUUAUUUCAACAAUGAAGCAAAAACAAACGAGGUGUAUAAGGUGGAUGAGAGGGGAAUACGCUGGUUUUACACUGGAGAUAUUGGCCAGUUCCAUCCUGAUGGAUGCGUUGAGAUCAUCGACAGGAAAAAAGACAUAGUAAAACUUCAACACGGAGAAUAUGUAUCUCUUGGCAAGGUUGAAUCAGCUCUACAGACAAGCAAUUAUGUGGACAACAUCAUGGUCUAUGCUGAUCCAUUUCAUAGUUACUGUGUUGCACUGGUUGUGCCACCACACCAGGCCUUGGAGAAGUGGGCUCAAAAUUCAGGGAUAAGCUACAAAGACAUUGAGGAGCUGUGUCACAAUGAUCAAGCAAUUAAGGAGGUCCAGCAAUCUCUAUCAAAGGCCGCGAAAGCAGCGAGGCUCGAGAAGUUUGAAAUACCAGCUAGGAUCAUUUUGCUGCCUGAACCUUGGACCCCAGAGUCUGGGCUUGUGACCGCUGCGCUUAAGCUGAAGAGGGAGCAGCUGAAGGCCAAAUUUAAAGAUGAUCUGAACAAGCUCUACCAGUAG